CGGGACGUUCAAAUCAGUACGGCGCGCUCCGAUUGGCUCGGAGCCGCCGCGGCAGGCCGGGCUCCCUCCUCGCGCUCGGGCGGGUAUUGUCUGACGGCUCCUGAGGCGGCUCCAGCGGCGGACUCGGGACCGGAGCUCGGGCGGCGGCGGCACCAUGGCAGGUGGCAAGGCUGGGAAGGACAGCGGGAAGGCCAAGGCGAAGGCGGUGUCUCGCUCGCAGAGAGCUGGAUUGCAGUUCCCGGUGGGCCGCAUCCACAGGCACCUGAAGACCCGCACCACGAGCCACGGGCGGGUGGGUGCCACCGCCGCCGUGUACAGCGCUGCCAUCCUCGAGUACCUCACUGCCGAGGUCCUGGAGUUGGCGGGCAACGCCUCCAAGGACCUCAAAGUGAAGCGCAUCACUCCCCGCCACCUGCAGCUCGCGAUCCGCGGUGACGAAGAGCUGGACUCCCUCAUCAAAGCCACCAUUGCUGGGGGAGGCGUCAUCCCCCACAUCCACAAAUCUCUGAUCGGGAAGAAGGGGCAGCAGAAAACCGCGUAAAGAAGAGUCGCAACCGGCACGCGUCCUCCCUGCGUCCUGCACCUGCGGCGGAAGAGACCCGGGGGUGUGCGGGGUUUUUUAAGGGAUAGUUCAGCGGAAGGGCGUAGACAAUUGACUGUAGGCAGGAGAAAACAUUUCUGUGUCCGGGCUUUAGGUUCCGAGUCUGACACAAAGUUCCCUCGUGGCGCGGCAGCGCUGGAUGUGCUGAUUGGCUAGGCUGCUCCCGUGUGUUUUAUACAAAAAUGGAACGGAUAAACCAUUUUUUACAAAA